AGAGAGAAAAUGUCGGAAGACUUUGCUGAGUUUGGACAGCAGCUUUUAUGCUUUGUACGAUGUGAACUCUUGUGAUAAUUGGCCUACAAUAACUUUAUUUCUAUAAACUUUCACCUAAAGAAGAAAGAAAAUGGCUUGUGUUGAGUUUCUUUUCAUGUGCCGGGUAUAGAAGAACUCUCUGGAGUUAUACAGAAGGGACUAAAAGAUAACUUUGCUGAUAUCCAGGUCUCUGUAGUUGAUUGCCCUGAUUUGGCUAAGGAACCAUUUUCCUUUCCUGCAAAAGGCAUCUGUGGGAGAACAAGAAUUGCCAAAGUAGGAGGUGUGCCUUAAUUAUUUCCUCUUGCAAAAUGAGAAAAAAAUUUAUGAUCUGAAUAUGGUUGCAAAAGAAAUUAAGCUGCCUGGAGCUUUUAUUCUUGGAGCAGGAGCAGGCCCAUUUCAGACUCUUGGGUUCAAUUCUGAGUUUAUGCCAGUUAUUCAAAUAGAAAGUGAACACAAACCUCCUGUGAAUGGAAGUUACUUUGCUCGUAUUAACCCUGUAGAUCGAGGGUGCCUGCUAGAGAAAUACAGUGAGAAAUAUCAUGAUUUUGGGUGUGCAUUUACUGUUAAUCUUUUUGCCAGUGAUGGCCAACCUGGCAAGAUCAUUGAGGUGAAGGCCAAAAGAAGAACUGGAAAACUUAACUUUGUGACUUGUAUGAGAGAGACUCUUGAAAAAUAUUAUGGAGAUAAGCCUAUAGGAAUGGGAGAUACUUUCAUAAUUCAGAAGGGAAAAGUGAAGACUCAGAUUAUGCCCUCAGAAUUUUCUUCCUGCCCAUUGAACACUGAUGAAGACCUGAAAAAAUGGUUGCAUUUUAUGAAAUGAAUGCCCCUUUGUCUACCAGUUUUUGUAUCCAGAGACCCAUGGUUGGAUUUGCAGUUGGAGUAUACUCAUUGUUUUAGUCAUCACGGAGAAAGUGGGCACUACCAUUAUGACACUACCCCAGGUAUAGUGGAAUAUGUUGGGUACUUCUUACCUGCAGUGCUUCUCUAUCGUAUUGACCAACCAAAAGAGACCCAUUUAAUUGGGCGAUAUUAAAUCAGCUGAUACUCAUUUAGGAAAAGAAAUUGUUA